AUGUUCGGGACCACUAGUCGAGGUAAUUCAGAAGUUGUACUUGAUCCCGAUAACCCGUCUGUCAACAAACAGACAAUGCUUGACUGGCUUCGAAUUAAUCACCCCAUGACACCCAUCAGUUCAAAGGCGAAGAGAGCAGAGGUCGCCAACAUAGUCAGAGAAGUACAACCCCACCUUUUUGGGGUCCGAAACUCCCCAUCCCUUGCAUCCACGCAUCCUGUUACUUACCCCCCUUUGGAAAACCUUCAAGUAUCGUCUCCCAUGGCGGAGAAGCCUUCUGGGGGAAGUGCAAGUUUGAGAAAGCGUUCUCCGCCUCAGGAGGCAGAGGUUCCUUACAAACAGAUUGGUAAUAUGAUUGUGAUACCCCCAAAACGUAGCAGACUGGAUCUUGAAGCAAAGAAGCACGUUGGAGCGGAUGAAGGUUCAAAGAUGCUACAAAAAAAGAAGUUGGCAGGCAGGCCAAAGCCAUCCAAGACAAAGACCGCUCGACCAGCAAAUCCGAAUGUGUUGAUCGAUUGGACUUACACCCCUCCUCAAUCUUCCUCGCACAUCUCCUCGAUUUCAAGUCUUAGCAAUGACGACGAAAGGCGUGAACUUGAGGGGCUCAAGCAGUUGCUCUCUACCGCACCUUUGGUUGGUCAAAACCGACCCAGCGAAAACAGAGUUUCGCCAAUUGCCCCAGAAACGAAGCCGGAGAAUGACUUGGUCAACACUCAUGCAUCUAAUGGUCCUUCUAUACCAAACUUGCCUAUUUCGACACCAAAAGUUCACGUCAAGGAUACAAAGGAUCCGAUCUCUGACGAAGCUGAUCUCAUUCAAUUCUCCGAUACAGAAGUGUUUGAAGUGGGAAACCUUGUUAUUGGGCGAGACAUCCCAGCUAUCCAAUUUCAAGAAGCUAAUUGUCCAAACAAGAAAACAGGUGUAGAUAUCUUUCAAGAGGAGCAGCGAAGAGAAGAGAGAGUUCGAACAUUAGAAGAACGCCUCGCUCAACUAGAAAGCACUAUCGAGGUCUUGGAGAAAAGAGUCAGCGCCACUCCAAUUCAAGAGCUACAAGAACAGGCUAAUGCCGAUAAAAUCGAUCGACAGACAUCUCUUCUUGAACAAGCAAGGGACGAUAUCAGUGCACUUGAGCGUCAAGUUGAUUCGUUACAGUUUGACACAAUUGAUCUACAGACCAAAUUGGAUAUAGCUUUCGACACAAUCCACGCUCAUAGAAGAGUUCUGAAAAAGAUCUUAGGGCCCGAUAGUGGUAUAGAUAUUGAAGCAGAAUACGAUUCCGAUCAUGACAAUGAUCAAAGCCAACCAAACCAUACCAACUUGUGUACCAAUGACCACCCUGAUAUCUGA